AUGAGCAAUUUCGGUUCCUCGCAAAUUGGUAGCAAAAAUCAGAAAACCCGCGAAUCGCUUCGCAUUCUGCAACACACACGAAAAACACUUCAAUCAAAGGUUCGAGUCGAAAUGCAGAAGAAGACACUGUUACCCUUCAACAAUGGCGAUCCAACCAAGAAGAAGGUGUCAUUGUGCGGCAAGGAAGCGUUGGUGAAGCUCCUAAGAUGGCAUUUCGGGUACCCUGAUUUUAGGGGUCAGCAAUUGGAAGCUAUUCAAGCUGUGCUCUCAGGAAGAGAUUGUUUUUGUCUUAUGCCAACUGGAGGAGGCAAGUCAAUGUGUUAUCAGAUUCCUGCAUUGGCAAAAGCGGGAAUCGUACUGGAUAGGAAGCAGCUGAGAUUUCUGACUUUUGUUCCCUUUGACAGCCUUAAUGGUGGGCAUCUUUUCACCUUUAUCGACUUUGUUGUUUUUUUUCAGACAUGUUGUCAUGUUUCGGCUCAUGUGUUCUUUUUUAUUGUAUAUGUUAGGAAAAUCAAGUGA